AUGGCUUCCAAAAUCGUGGUCGUUGGUGACGUCAGUGGUCAUUUCAAGGCCGUCUUCCAGAAGCUGGGUGCAUUGCAAGCAAAGAACAACUUUGCUUUCGCACUUGUUGCAGGUGAUUUGUUUGCGCCCUCACAUGAGGCCGAGGGCGCCGAUGACGUGCAGUCGCUCAUUGACGGCAAAAUCGAUGUACCACUUCCGACAUACUUCGCUCUUGGCAACCAUCCUCUUCCACCAGCAGUCGUUGAAAAGUUAGAAUCAUCGAGCGAUGAGCUGUGUCACAAUCUUUUCUUCCUUGGUAAGCGGACGACUAUGAAGACGUCAGAAGGGAUUCGCAUAGUUGCACUAGGAGGACGGCUAGAUCCAAAGAUUGUGGCCGGCCAGUCCAAGGACAAGUACCCGCCCUUCUACAGCGAGACUGAUGCCAAGAUUCUGAGAGGAGCCACUACAGCGGACAUUCUCAUCACCAACGAAUGGCCAGAAGAUAUACGAAAACGCUCCAAAGUCGAAUUCAACCCUGACGUAGAGCCAACAACACAGCAAUGCAUCGCGGACUUGGAUGUAAUACUAAAGCCCAAGUACCAUUUCUCGACUUCUGGGGGCACCUUUUACGAGCGAGAGCCAUUCUUCCAUGCGCCAAGUGAUGGGACUGAUAACCUCUAUCCGGUAACGCGCUUCAUUAGCUUGGCCUCCUACGGUAACCCUAACAAGCAGAAGUGGAUUUAUGCCUUUUCGCUUGAGCCUUCAGCGAGCCAUCCAGUCUCACCACCAGCAGGCUCGACGGCUUGCCCGGUGACGCUCUCAGAGAAAAAGCGGGCAGCACCGGAGCAUCGUGAGCAGCAUCUAGUAUAUGACGAUGGUAAUCGCGGUCGAAGAGGCAACAAGAGGCGCAAGGGUGAGCCUCGCGGACCCAUUACGGCGUCAGAGUGCUUCUUCUGUUUGGCAAACGAGAACAUUGCCACUCAUCUCGUGACCUCUAUCGGCGAAAACUCAUACCUGACCACGGCAAAGGGCCCUCUACCGACACCACAAACCUUUGCCAAACUUGGCUUCCCUUGUCAUAUGCUCAUUAUUCCUUUUACGCAUCAGCCGACGCUAGGUUCGAUGGAAGAAGAAGAACGCCGUGCGACUUACGCUGAAAUGCAAAAAUACCGACGCUCAAUGAACAGCAUGCUGAACUCUGUGGCAGACAAGGAAUAUGGGUCUGUCACCUGGGAAGUCAGUAAAUCCAGUUUACCGCAUACGCACUGGCAAUACCUCCCAGUGAACGCAGAUCUGAUCAGCAAGGGGUUGGUGGAAGCCGCUUUCAAGGCAUUAGCGGAAAAUCUACAUUGGCCAAAGUUUCAAAAGGAGGAUGUCGGUGACGGCUUCGAGGAGACGAGCGACUUCUUCAGGGUUUUGGUGUGGAACCCGAAUGAUGAUCCCGAUAAACAAACAAGCUACGUCAUGCGCUUCAAUGAGGAGAUACGGUUCCAUAACCAGUUUGGACGGGAGGUAUUGGCAAAGCUGCUGAGGCUCGAUCGCCGCGUUGAUUGGAAAGAUUGUGGACAAACGCAAGCUCAGGAAGAGCAGGAUGUUGAAAAGUUCAAAGAGGCGUUCAAGGAUUUCGACUUUGCCGCAUAAUACCCGCUAUCUUGAACCGCGACCGGCUUGCCGCAAAAUUUACAAUAGCCAGUUUCUCUUCAACUACCAAUACCGCAUGUACGACAUGUACCACAUUCGUACUGAGAAAGUAUAUACCGGGUUUAGAGCUAGCAUGACAUAUCCAUAUCGUCAACAUAUACCCAGUCUUGUACCCCGAGAAAUAUUUGACACCUCGCCUA